CUCCCUUUCAGAGAUGAAGAAAGUUGUCUAGAAGUGUGCUUUUUUGUUUGUUUAUUUGUUGGUUUGUUUGUUUUUGUUUUUGUUUUUUUUUGUAAGUGUGUGAGCAGAGAAAGUCAAUCCAUUGGGCAGGCCAGGCUUGCAUAUCCUGGAAAUGCUUCAAUGACUACCACUGGCGCCUCAGGAAAACACCUACAAGGUCCUGUUCUUAAAGCCUAGGGCAUAAUGAGGUUUACCUAGUAACUGAUGAUGCUAGACUGAGACACUUUGUGAUUGGUCUGAUCCGCCUACCAGCGGACCACUCCCUUUAGGACUCGGGAUUUGGUUGAGUUAGUGGGUGCAACUUUAAGAUCUAAGGAGGGGCUGAGUGACCUGGGGCCACAUCGGCAGCAAGGAGCAAGGGACCUGAACAACAAGUACCGUCUUUACCUCAGCGUGGGAAAAUCAUUUGUCCAAGCUGGGGCAGGAGAGGUCCCGAGGCCCCUGCGUGAGGUGGCCCAGGAGCCUGACCUUCCUGCACCUUCAGAGAGUGGAACAUGGCUGCACUAUGGCCGCUGCUGCUGGCCCUGAGUCUGGGUUGUAUAGGAGCAGGUGGCUUUGUGGCUCAUGUGGAAAGCACGUGCUUGCUGGAUGAUGAAGGGACCCCAAUGGACUUCACAUACUGUAUUUCCUUCAACAAAGAUCUGCUGGCCUGCUGGGAUCCAGAGGAGGGACAAAUAGUCCCCUGUGAAUAUGGGGUCCUGUUUAAGUUGGCCGAAUUCAUUUCAAAUAUCCUCAACAAGGAAGAAGGCCUGAUCCAGCGCUUGAAAAAUGGGCUUCAGGACUGUUCCACACACACCCAGCCCUUCUGGAACGCGCUGACCCACAGAACCAGAACGCCAUCUGUCCAAGUAGCCCAAACCGCUCCUUUUAACACAAGGGAGCCUGUGAUGCUGGCCUGCUACGUCUGGGGCUUCUAUCCGGCGGAUGUGACCGUCGUGUGGAUGAAGAACGGGCAGCUUGUUACUUCCCACAGCAACAAGGAGAAGACGGCUCAGCCUAAUGGGGACUGGACAUACCAGACCGUCUCCUACCUAGCCUUAACCCCUUCCUACUGGGACAUCUACACCUGCGUGGUACAGCACAGCGGGACCCCUGAGCCCAUCCGCGCGAACUGGACACCCGGGCUGUCCCCCAUCCAGACAGUGAAGGUCUCUGUGUCUGCAGCCACCCUGGGCCUGGGCUUCAUCAUCUUCUGUCUUGGCUUCUUCAGAUGGCGCAAGUCUCACUCCUCCAGCUACACUCCUCUCCCUGGAUCCACCUACCCGGAAGGUAACAUUGCUGUUGGGCUUUGCGCUCAGCGGUCCUCAGAAGGGCUGGGGUUUAUGUUCGGUUAAUGGUGCUUGCUUACGAUAAGCAGCUUAUAACCUGUUGGGGCAGGAUGGAGGCCAGCUUCUUUGUCUUAGUCAUUGGUUGCUGGGCAUCUUUUGCGUCGCCGGUGUCGGAGGGCUCUGGCGUUGGUCCCGAACACGGGUGGUGGGGUGGGUUUCGACAUCAUGCAUUCUCACCACUGCCUGGUUCUGGUUGCUUCUGCAGGACGGCCCUAGAGGGCAGAGCCCCGCGCUGAGAAGGAGAUCCAGACUUUUGAUGGUGCCUUCAUGCCCCCCAGCAUCUUCAGGACACCCCACUUUCUUGUGUCAUAAUUCCUCUACUCAGUUCCACUUUCCCAUGUAAAUAUUGGUGGCCUGGGGGGUAUUCGUAAUCAAAUCUGCCUCGGGUGUUUUCUGAGGUGAGCUGCUCUGAGGAGGGGGUUCAGUGCCCUCCUGAAAGCCCCACCUUGUCACAGAAGGCACUGUGUCACGAUCACACCUAAGAAAUAAACUGGUGUGGAAUUA